GGUAAGCCAAACAUAAAACAGCAGAAGCAGAGAGCCGAACAAGAACCAACCUCGGCACGUAGAAGGAGGAGGAAGGCAUCAUUUCUUCUGUCGGGUUCGCUUCCGAAUCCGUGAAUGGGGGGGAGAUGGAGAGCCGCCUCUCAUCUCCUCGCCCGCGUCGCUAGUUCAACCCUUCAGCCCCGCUUCUUCUCGGUCGUCUCCUCUCGUCCUCUUCCACCCCCUCCAACUCCACCACGCCUCUCGAUCUUCGCUGACUCAAUCUUGGCCAGGCCGCUCUCCGCGGUUGCGGCUAGGGCCGCCUACUUCGACGGCGACGAACUGGGUCCUCGACUUCAGGACCCGGGUCGCCCCUGCUUGCCGCCGCCGCCGAUCAAGGAGGCGGAUGAAUCGGAGAACAUCCCCAUCAAGUCCUACUUCCUUUCCACCAGUAUCGAUUUGAAGAGCCUGCAGGCAGAGAACUUAGGCAAUGUCCUCCCUCCCACCUCUCGCUCCUCCAAUUACGUAGCCCUCAAAUAUUCUGCUCUCCCUUCAGACAUUAGAGGUCAUGGAUCCAAAGAGAGAGCAAGUCACUGCCGCUACAUGGUUGUAUCUCAGUAUGGAUCUGUCAUUCUGUUCAACAUUGAGGAUCAGGAAAUUGAAACUUAUCUGAAAAUAGUGAGAAGGCAUGCCAGUGGAUUGCUUCCACAGACAUGGAAAGAUGAUUAUGCUGUGAAGGAGCAGCCGCUGUUAGAUGGGGACAUGGAGGGGGGCCCCGAUUAUAUUGUUCUCAAAGCCUUGGAUACUGAUGGUAUCCGAAUUAUUGGAAGUGUUCUUGGUCAAAGUAUUGCUUUGGAUUAUUUUGUUUCACAGAUUGAUGGCAUGGUCGAGGAGUUUGCUUAUAUCAAUCGGAAGAUGCAGACCACAGGAACCUUUACAAUGGAUAGGAAGAAGCUCCUUCAACUUGUUGGGAAGGCUAAUUCAAAUCUAGCUGAUGUAAUUAUCAAAGUUGGUCUUUUUGAGAGAUCAGAAAUUGCUUGGAGGGAAGCAAAAUAUGCUCAGAUAUAUGAGUACCUGAGGGAGGAGUAUGAGGUCACACAACGCUUUGGUAAUUUGAAUUUCAAGCUAAAGUUUGUGGAGCACAACAUUCAUUUUCUUCAAGAAGUCAUACAGAACAACAGGUCUAAUUUGUUGGAGUGGUGCAUCAUUUUCCUAUUAAGCAUCGAGAAUGUCAUAUCGCUCUAUGAGAUUCUUAAAGACUCAACUCAAGCCCCUCUAUGAUCGGACAAGCAGUUGGGAGAAUCUGGACGAAUGUUGUCAAACAUCAAUGAUUAAGAUAAACUGCACAAGCAAUCAUUCUUUAUUCAUUGGAUAGUAGUCCAGCAACAAAUAGAGAAUAUGUAGAGACUGCCAUGUACUUCAUUUUUCUAGGUCAUGGCCUAGUCUGUCUUCGCAAAUAAAGAAGAUGAAAUUUUGACA